AUGGUACCUCGGUCUGGUUUUCUUACGCUUGUUAAGCGGAAUGGUUCUCCAGGUCAUCCCAGGGGGGUGCAGCAGGCCUCGCAGCGAGUGCGGGAGCGCCGCUGCCGCGCCCUCAGCGCCGGUACUGCUCUUCGAAAGUUCAACAUUGACUUUGUUGUAACUCUGCUGCGGCAGGAAAAUGCUAAAGACAUCUGUGUCAUCAAGCUACCACCAGAAAUGAAGUACUGUGAUUAUUUUAUAAUUGUGAGCGGAUCUUCAACGCGACAUCUCCAUGCAAUGGCACAUUACAUGCUGAAAAUGUACAAGCAUCACAAGGAAGAAAUGGAUCCUCGUACUCAGAUUGAAGGGAAGGAGACAGAUGACUGGCUGUGCAUUGAUUUUGGUAGCAUAGUGAUGCAUUUCAUGCUGCCAGAAACACGAGAGAUUUAUGAACUGGAGAAGCUAUGGACUCUGGGUUCCUAUGACGACCAGUUAGUACAGAUGACUCCACAGUCACUGCCAGAAGACUUCAUAUUUGCAGUGACUCCUAAUAGCAGUGAUCAUCUUGAGACAAGAACUUAA